AUAAUUCCCACAGAUGAACAGGUAAGAAAAAUACUAAGGAGCAUGCCACAAGAUGAUCGUUGGAGAACAAAGGUCACUGUACUGUUUGAGACCAAGGACUUUACCAAGUUCAACAUUGAACAACUUGCUGGUUCCUUGAUGACACAUGAAUUGCAUCUUGGAGCUGUUGUUCCUGAGAGCUCCAGAAAUCGAGGACUUGCUCUAAAAGCUGAGGAACUCGACGAAUCUGAGCCAGAUGAAGAAGAGGCUACCAUGCUGGUUAGAAGAAUGAGAAAGCUCUACAGGAACUUCAAACCAGGAAACCAGAAAGGAAGGAACUUUGCUAAGAAAACUACUAGUUCCAAAACUGAGCAAGGUUGCUUCAAAUGCGGAGAAACUGAUCAUCAAAUUCGUGAAUGCCCUCUGUGGGAAAACGACAAAGCCAAAGGAAAAGGAAAGGAACAGGUCAAGGAACGCUAUAACAAGUCUACUUUCAAGAGGCCAAACUUCAAAAAGGAUAUGAUAGCUGCAUGGGGCGAAGCAACAGACUCAGAAGACGAUGAGGAACAACCUAAUGAAGAAACUGCAAAUCUCUGCCUCAUGGCAAGAACAGAAGGAACUGAACGAGUUCCAUCAGAAGAAGUAAGUUCCUCCACUCUUCAGUGUCUUUCAAAGUCAAAACUAAUUGAACUGUUGCUAGAAACUCUAGAUGAUUACAAAAAGCUAAGUAUGUUAAAAGCGCAAAGUGAUAGAGCCUUGGAACUCAGUAAAGACCACAUAAAUUAUCUAAACAAUAUUAGAUCUGAUGUUCAAGGCAGGUUCUUUGAAUUGCUAGAUAGAAAUACCACCAUUAAUGAGUCAUUCGAGAAAAUUAGAAAUGAAAACAUCCUUCUACAAGUGCAACUCAGGUAAUAUAAGAUGUUUAAUCUAAGUUUGGACCCUACAAAAUCCUUGGAGAUUAACAUGUGAGUUUUUAAUAUCGACUUAGAAAGAUUAAACAAAGAUCUGAUCACCACAAAGGAACAGAAAGAGAAACUAGAGAGGGAACUAGCCAUGGCCAGGGCACAGAAACAACCACCUAAAGUUCCUCCCAAGUGGAUUAAGAAUGCUCAAUCUAAGAGAACAGAAGGUUUAGGCUUUAAUCAUAAAACCAGUCAUAAGAAAAAGUAUGUGGAUCUUCCAAGUGUGAAAGUCUGUUUCUCAUGUGGAAGUGGAAGUCAUGUAAGUACUGAGUGUUCCAAGAUGAAGGAACAGGAUCAAAGAAACAUAAAUUAUGUAAAGCAAAAAUGGGUUAAGAAGUCAGAUGUUGUAGUUGAAAAGGAACUCGAGGAAACCCGAGUUCCUGUAACUAACCUUUGAUCUCUCUACAGGUUCUAGUGAAGGGGAACAGCUUGUGGUAUCUCGACAGCGGGUGUUCCAAACACAUGACAGGAGACAAAUCUAAAUUCCUCUCACUAGAAGCCUACAACGGAGUAACUGUGACCUUUGGAGACAACAUGAAAGGAGAAAUUGUUGGAAUUGGAAAGGUUGGAAGGUCAAGUUCCUAUGCCAUUGAAAAUGUAUUUUUAGUCGAGGGUUUACUGCACAGUCUACUAAGCAUUUCUCAAAUUUGUGACAAAGGAAACUCUGUAAGUUUUACUUCUGAAAAUUGUCAAAUCAUUAAUAAUAACACUGGGAAGGUUAUUUUGGAAGGAACUCGUAAAGGGAACACAUAUUCUGUGGAUCUCAAUACAGUUCCCAGGAACAAUUUAACCUGCCUCAGUGCCAUUGAAGAAGAUCCCCUACUAUGGCACAGGAGGUUUGGACAUGCUAGUUUCUCACUGCUUGACAAACUAAGAUCAAAGGAACUGGUUCGAGGACUCCCCUCAAUCAAGUUCCUAAAUGAUAAAGUCUGUGAUGCAUGUGCAAAAGGCAAGCAUGUCCGAAGUUCAUUUAAGCCUAGAAAAUUGGUAAGCACAACAAAACCAUUGGAACUCAUCCAUAUGGACUUGUGUGGUCCAAUGAGAAUUCAAAGCAGAAGCGGGAAAAAAUAUGUUUUAGUUAUUGUUGAUGAUUACUCUCGCUUUACUUGGGUCAUAUUUCUAACAAGCAAAGAUGAAACGUUUGAUGAGUUUGUUGCAUUUUCAAAGAAAAUCCAGAAAACUACAGGUCAUCAACUGAUCCAUAUAAGAUCUGAUCAUGGAACAGAAUUUGAAAAUUACAAAUUCGAUGAA